AAUACUGUAAUAUAUAUUUUUUUCAUUUAUAUUGUCGUGAAAGUGUCAUUCGUUAAAAGUUAAAAGAUUUUAUGGCAUUUAUUUCUUUUUUAACUAUUUUAUUGAAACAUCGUUCGCUAAUUUUUGAAUGGCUUAAACAAGUUGUAUAAAUUCUUGCAUCAUGGAUACAUAUUUUUCAAGUAGAUUAUUAAGGAUGCCAUGAUAAUCAAUGAGCCAAAUCGAUGUUUGCAGUAAAGCAGAUUUAGUUUAUGACAUCGAAUUUUUUUUAAAAAUCUUUUUAUUUUGCACAACAAUCAAAGAUUGAACAUUUUACAAACUCAAAUUAAAAGAAGAUUUAUUAUUGAUAUUGAUUAAUUAAAUUUUUGCUUAUUAAAAGAACGUGAAUAGGAUCGCGGAUAGAAUGGAUCUUCAUCCGUAACCUAAUUUUCCUGCUAGAUACAUACAUCUUUGGAUUUUUGUUAAUCGAGCUACGUUUGUUCUGGUUGACGACAGUCAAACAUUUGACAAAAGGGAACUGGAGUUAGGUGAUUCGAUUAAAUAACUCGGUAACAAGAAGAAGGAAAGAACAAUAGCUAUAAACUCGAGAAAAGGGAACAAGACAUUACACAGUAUCCCAGCUGAACAUCAGUUCAAGCAGAAAAUUCGCAUAAGCAGCAGCUUUUUAAAAAGGUCGUCGUUUGGCCGUCGUUUCUCCUCGAGAAAAGAGACGAUUCACCGCUGAACCACUGAAAGAGAACGAAGCGGCGAUAAAUCUACGAACGAUGAACGGUAGUGCUCGGCUGCUUGCUCACUCGAUCGACUUUUAUUUCAAAGGCGGCUGGAAAGGGAUAGUCGAAAGAGGAAGAGAAAAGUACGAGGCUGGGAAAGAGAUAGGGAAAUAGCAGGUUGAGCCUAAGGGAAAAAUAAGGGCGAAGAGGGAAGGGAAAUCGAGGGGAGAGUUUGGAUGCGCGUACGACGUGAAACACGGCCCAGUAAUUUGGAGAAAAUUUAAAGCGCUCCGUCGGGUGGGUUUGUUUUUCAUCGAGAGGCGAGAAGACUGAAAGGGUUUAAUUAAAUGAUACGCUAGCGCGUUCCCGCCGACAAAGAACGUAUCAAACGCGUGUACGAGAUGAAAUUCUAUGGAAAAGAAGAAACAGAGGCGAAUAGAAAAGAUGAAACACGUCCGCAGAUACAAAUAUGGGACGAUCCACUUUUGGACAGUGUACUCAGCUUUGCUCGCGAUACACGGAAACUUAUUACUAUAGAGAUCCACGUUACUUAUCGUGGCGGAUGUAUUAUCCCCGCGGCUUCGUGUCACAGAAGAAAGAAAAGAAAAAAGGGAAGAAAGAACAGGCAGGUCGUACAGAGAAGAAAGAAACGGAUAAAUUUUGGGCAAGCUUGGAUAAAUCGCGAUUGUCUGACAGGAUCAGACAACCGAUCGUUAAAACACGAGGGAUCCAAUCCUUUUCAUUUUUAAAAAAUGGCGCGUUCCGAGAAGUUUCUAAAUGCGGUGCACGAUGCUAACGAGUCGUCUCCACUCGGAAAAGUAUCCUAGGAGCCUACGUCGAGUCGUCGCGUAAUUUCCACCGCCGAACGUGUACGCCGACGCGUAAUAAACGACAAAAAGAAAGAAAAAAAAUAACUCCACCCAGCGGGAAAAAGAACAAGUUUGCGUGCAUGGACGGACGGAGAGAAGUGUACGGUUCUGUAAGACCAGUGGCAGAGAAAAAGAGAGGAGAGAGGAUAAAUGCGAAUGUAAGCGGGAAGGAGAAAAGACGAGAGGAGUGACGGCGUGUGUAGCGGUCCGUUCCGGAGCGACACGAUGUGUUUCCCCACGUUUUUUGUUUUAAUUUCAUAGAGGCCACCAGCUCUCGCGCCUUCUUUCCCUCAUCCCUCUCUUUUUCUCUUGUUUCCUCUCUCAUGGGAGCCCCGCGAAAUGUACCACGGUGGUUUUCAGCACUGUGGAUGCUGCCGCCUAUAUAUCCAUCCUCUUCCCCUUUUCCGUCCUCAUCCUCCCACCAUCCCUCUUCUCUCUUACUAUCGCCAACCCCCUCUUGCUUCUCACUCUUCCCCUUCCCUCCUUCUCUCCAUCCUGUUAUCCCUUCUCCUUGCACGCUUUCGUCGCCACCCCUACGAGUCGGUAAAGGGCUGAACCGGCCAGUGCAAUCCACGACGAGUUCGAGGUCGAAUCCACGCGUCUCCCGCGUCUCGUUAUUACGCGAUUUUUUCACGCGUUGCUCGAGUUUUGCCGCGCUGUAAAUCGUUUCGUUCUAUCAUCGUUCGUUUCGUCGUUUCGCGUCCCGUUUACCGUGUCGAUCGGCUCGCUUUGGUCCAUUCGUUGAUCCGGAUGCGAAGUGGGAAAAAAACCACGUACGUACAUGCCACGUUCCACGAUUCACGUCGAGCUCGUUCCAUUAGAGACGCUUUUGUUCGCGCCUAUGGCUCGUCUUCUCUCGCCUCUUACUUUCACAUCGUUUCGAACAGUCUCGUUACGCGUCUCCUCUCCUCUCGUCGCGUCGUCGCCCGUAUUUAUCCUCCCUUAGGUUAAUUAGCGUGCGGCCCAGUUUAAUGAUCUUUCGAAACGUCAUUAAACUUGCCGCUCUAUCGGAGUGCACUCUGUGAACUUGGACUGGGGAACAAGUAGCUGGAAAAUGAUACGUUUAGGACGACGACGUAACUUCUAGGGUCGUUAAGCGCGCCGACAACUUAUCGGCGGGAUGUCAACAUCGUGCCUGUCUCCUGUCCAACUCGACGAUCUCGUAAUCUAUCGACGCCACGAAAUGUCUUCGCGACACGAGGAUGAUCGGCAGAGGCAGCAGCCGACGCUUAAGGAAUCGAGUCAGCCGUAAUCCCUGAAACGGUUUAGGCCUUGCACGGAUACCAACCGCGGGACAGCUGAAAUUCCUCAAAGGAGCUGGUUAACCACGACGAUCUUGCACGAAGACACGCUACACGUUGCCGUCGUUCGCGUUUAUGUACGCAGGUGGACGUUCCUGGAUAGGAAGUUGAGCAGGAGAAGGGAAAGGGUGGCCUAAAGGCAGCAACCACCGCCACCAGAACCGGUUAACUCGGCCGGCUAAAGACACAGUCGUCUGGUAGCCGCAACAUUCCACAAACUUGCACAAUAUCCACAAACCCGGGAGGCCGCGAAAUUCUUUGGCAAAUCUUUUGGUGCUUGCUUCCCCGAGACGAGACGGAACGGAACGCAACGCGUGUGUGUGAAACGACGGCCGAAACGACGACGGUCUGUCGAGCGGAGGGUGUGUCGCCUCCGUGUCCCCGGUUGAGGGGCAGUCGAGCGACGAAAAUGCAGCGUUGAAAAGGGUCUCGAGAAGAAGGUGGAAACGUCGCGGGGGAGGGGGGGGGGAGAGGGUUCUGUUAACGCGCGCGACAAGUGACGUCGCGUUGGAACAGUCGAGACAUCUGUAAAUGAGGAAGCAGGGAAAAUAGGCGUGACAAGGGUCCGCUUAAAGCGGAAUAUUAGUCGUGUCACCUAAUGAUCGUCGUGCUUCACGUCCAUUCGGCCCCGGUCGUAAUAUCAAGCGAAAUUUCCACUCGUCCUCUGCGAAUCGCCCGUGUAUUUUGCAGCCCCGUUGUGUACACCCUUCUCUUUCACCCUUCUCCACAAUUUCCUAUAGUUCUCCAAUUAAAACCGGGGAGGGAGGGAGGAGGAUUCGAAGCAGAAGAAAGACAGUCGUGACAGUUGGCCAUCGUUUUAAAGACGAUGGUAAUUCCGAUUACCGUUUUAUCGAUGUUGAUGCGGCCAAGUAGACCGGUGAUAUACGUUAUGCUAUAAGAGGAUCUAUACGGACGGCGAAGCAAGAGAAGAGGGCAAUCGACGUGGAAGCUUUCAAGGCUAUGGUAAUAUUAACGUUAGAAAUUAAACCAUCGGCCGUGGUACGAUGGAUGUUCGCUAAAAGCAUCGCGAUCGUAUUAACAUCCAACUGGAAAGGAAGAAAAGGAAAGAAAAAUCUUGUAGCGAAAUAGCAGGCAGUAGAAAUUAGGAAGAAGAAGCGUGAACGUUACUCUUUCUCUCUUUCUCUCUCUCUCUCUCUCUCUCUCUCUGUAUAUAUCUCUUUCUUUCUCUCCCUCUUCCAUCCUGCUCAACAGUGUCUCUGUAUUGUCGGAUAAAAAGGAAGGCAGAGAUUUCUUCACAGAAGUAGCCCGUUGGCUGUGGAACAGUAGCGACGGAAUCCUGAAAGCCACUCGAGGAAGAAAGAGCCGCGGAAGAACGCUUGGUUCUAUGGCCUAGAGCAUCCUGUAUUUCUGAUAACGUACAGAACUCGGUAAGCUUCCCAACAAGAAGGUUUGUGAAUGAAACCGAAUGAGAAACCGGUAAGCAAGGAGAGGAGGAGCCCUUUCGCCCGAAGGUACUCUAUUAACCUUAUUGCCAAAGGAUAUCGUCCCAACGUUUUGCGCCAACUCCGACAAUAUUCGCCUUGAUACGGUUCAAGUUCGAUGACAAGUUUCGACGCGUAUACCUUUCACUUUGUUCCUAGAUCGAAGAGAAUCCGUACGAAAAGGAACUUGCCUCGAAAUAAUUUCGAAGAGGUCGUAAUCUAUAAUCGUGGAAGAAUAGAAACCGGAACACGGAACGACGAUCGAGGAGUAACUCGCCAAACUUGCCUUUUUUCCUUGACAUUCGGUUGGCUCGUGCAGUUCAUGGAUCCCGAUAACGGGAGGCGAACAAAAUUAGCUUCCGCCUCGUUUCUAACGAAGAGAAAGAAGCCCUUUUGCGAGAAACCUCUCUUGCUCCCUUGGCCAUCGAGGAAGGAACGGUUCACCGAUAAUUUUAUGAAUUAACGACAGUUUAACGACCCUAACGACCAUCGUUGCACUCCGAUACUUUGGAACGCGAUUCACGACCCACGUAGAAACUCCGGUAAUCCGUGAAUUCGCGCGGUAUCUUUGAGAGACCGAGGAAUUGAUCUAGCCAACUUACCCUCGCCGCAAGGAGAGAUGUUUUAGCCCCUUAGGACGGAGGCCAGUUCUGCCCCUAGGUUUCCAGGGCAACAGAAACUUUCCUCUUUUCCCCGGUUGCGCUAAUCAAUCCUUGGAAAGGGAGGCGACCCCGGUAAACAAUUGCAACACGGUGGAACGCGAUAAAAGGUUCCCUCUCUUAUUCCAAGGUAUCGAAAGCACCGACUCGACUCGAUUCGAUUCGAUUCGAUUCGACUCGACUCGACUCGCGGGAGAAUCGAAUUUCCUUCAACGACGAACCUGAAGAGUAGCGACGAGUUUGUUCGCGCAACGUCCCUUGCUUCGCCCGGGGAACGGGAUUUCCAAUCUCUGAUAAAACGUGGAAGGUUGGAGACGGGUUAACGGAGGCUGGAACGGAGGAACGACGCGGUGAAUGUGGGCUGGGGACGAGGCAAUCGGUGGCGAGCCGGGUGAAAAAGGGCGAGGCAGAGAAAUAUGGUGCACGAGGCCACGGGUCUAUGGCACGGCGCGGGAUUCAGCGUAUCGAGGUGGCUGAUGAUCAUAAUACACGGAUACCGGGCCACCACCCUUUUGCUAUCCAUUCUACUUAACGUGCUGGUGCGAACUGCCGAGUAUCCGACAGCGGCCACGGCGGAGAUCGUGCCGACAAAUGGGAAUUCGUUAGAAGCGAGCAUGAAACCAUUGGACAUCGAUCUACCGCCCACGCUUCCGAUGAGCUUCGGCACCGAAAAUUCGACGGUGAUCUCCGCCCAAUCUGGAUCCACCGCGCUCCUGCCUUGCGUCGUUCAUAAUCUCGGGGAUGGAAUGGUGUCGUGGAUCAAGCGGAAGAACGUCCAGGAGUUGCUCACCGUAGGACUGACAACGUACGCGAACGACGAGCGUUUCCAGGCAAUUCAUUUCCACCACAGCGAGGAUUGGACUCUUCAAAUAAAAUACGUUCAACCGAGGGAUGCUGGAUUGUACCAGUGCCAAGUAUCCACCCAUCCACCCACGAGUAUAUUUCUGUUCCUCGAGGUUGUUGAGGCCAGAGCAGAGAUAGCCGGUCCCUCGGAGAAGUUCGUGAGGCCAGGUAGCACUUUGCAGCUUCACUGCCUCGUAAAAAAAUCGACGGAGACGCCUUCCUAUUUAUUCUGGUACCAUAACUUCCGGAUGAUCAACUACGACGUCGAUCAGGGGGUGAACGUCAGUACAGAUCUGGUGGGGCGGGAGAGUUGGCUGGAGGUACCCCGUGCGUCCGAUCGCCAUUCCGGAAAUUACACCUGCGAGGCGAGUAACGCUCAACCGGCGCGAGUGCUGGUGCACGUGUUCAAAGGAGAUAAUCCAGCCGCGAUGCAGCACAGCAUCGCAUCGUCUCCAUCUGUCAUGGCUUGCAGCGCCCUAUUGAUGAUGUUCACCACGUUGAAACUCGUGCUGCAUUCCACGACCACGAACUGACCAUUGUGUCCCGCCACGUGUGUCGUGCGAAAUAUAGAAAAAUAAACGUUGUGAUAAUAUUUCGAAAGGGAUAUAAAGUUGGGAGUAAUUUAAAGGGGAUAAGAGGGAGAAUAAAUUUCGUCGAAGUUGCGUGCAUGCGUGUAUGUGUGUAUGUAUGCGUGUAUGUUUUACGACAUUACAGGUGCAGUUUGUUUCUCGACGAGAUUGCAUCGUGUCGAGAGACUAUGGUUGGAUCUAGAACUACCAAUUUUUGAUCUUCGAGAGGUGAGCGACUUUAUCGUGAUACGUUACGUAAUUCUUAAGGGGUCGAAUCGAGAGUGAGGAAGAGGGAUGACGUGUGCCUGCGUGUACCAACCGGCAUGUGUGCGGAAAAAGAAAAAAGAAAAUGAAGCAAAAGGAUGAUAUUUGUGUAAAAUAACGAAACGGGUCCGGGUAUGCAUCCUUUAAGGCCGUGGUACUUUCGAACGAUGCAUGGCGCGAAUGACCAAAAAGAAUCGUCGCCGAUGAUAUUAGAAAAUCUCUCUUCGUUUUAGAAUAAACGAUAAAAAAUUUCGCAAACGUUUCGUUAAACGUGUCGGCAAGCGUGUUUGCUCAAAAGUUGCCGUUUCGCGCGAUUCGCCGACACCAUUGUUAACCACCGUUUGUGAUGUGUGUAAAUGUGUAAGCCGUGUAUAACUAUCACGACCGUAGAAGCGUAAUUGUGUAAUCUGUCCUGUGACGAGUGGCGCGAUUAAUGGCGAUAAUCCUGUCGCAUUUUACCGGGCAAAACUUUCCAACGAUGCUCACCAAACCUGGUAGCGGCAACUUUAUUCGGUUGCAACCGGUGUUAACUAUCUCCCUUUCUCUCGUUCUCCUCUCGUGAAAUUUGUCGCGUUAAUGGGAACGAUGAGAGAUCGCUACACAAUAUCGCGUUCCCAUCGGUUGCCAACCAACCUGUGCCAACGUAAUUUCGUAAAAAAGGCGCGAAUGACAAAAGUGUGAAAACGAUCGCGGCGCCCUUCUCGUUCGGGAAACAAUAACGAAUCGUUGACCCCCUCCCCUCCAAAGCUCUUAAACGUGGAGCGAGGGGAAAAAAAGGGGGGGAACGUUCGCCUCGAUUUAUAUGGAAUAUUACGUAUUCGGCCUACACACGUACAGGUGCGCGUAAUUAAUCGUGAUAAUCCCGGUGUAAUGCAGCACAGCCUAACGACAUUAUCUUCCAUUGCCUUGCUCCGCACAGACGACCUUGCUCAUAAUGUCCAAAUUAGUUCUAUCUACGAAAUGGCCGUGCUCAGAUGCGUUGUACACCGUUGGAAGGAACACCUUCGGUGAUUAUUAACGGGUUAUGGGAAAUUAUCGUGAAGAAGCGUGAAAAUUCGUCGGGAGGGGGCGACGAUUUUUUAGAAUUCGACGUGAGCGAGUGAAUUUUUUUUUAGCGUAUCGCGUUAGAGAGAAACGGAAACAGAAGGAUUGUAGGGAUCCAAAGUCGAUCGAUCGCGCCAAUCGAUCUUUCGUUCCCGAUUGUUCGUUGAAUCAAAUUUUAUUGUACAUAUAUUUUCUAUGUCGGUUGUUAGUCGAUCUAUAAAUUAUAUGAUAAAUCUUUUAUAGAGAGAGAAAGAGAGAGAAUCCCCGUUAUCACGAGAGAAGAACGCAAGACGACUUUCUUGGACCACGAUGUUUCGCAGCGUUAGUAUUACCGCAUGUUUCCAAAGCUAAUCCACUAUUUCCUAGGUAGACAGCUGUUUCUCGUAACCGUACACAUUGUCAACGAGGAUAAUCCAGUUUCUGCAAAUAAUAAACCGAAUGGUAUUAUCAAGCUUGCGUGCCCGGAUUUCGAUGGGAGCAAACGAAAAGCUCUCGUGUGUGAACAUGUACGUCGAGAUAGAGAGAGAAAGAGAGAGAAAGAAAGAGAGAAAGAGAGUGAGUAUACAUACCGAGAGAGAUCUGUUCAUACAAGAUGGAUCGAUCCCGAUCAUUCGAUCGAUUUUAAACGAUAAUAUUUCUUCCACCGCUCGGCCAUCAUCAUCGUUCGACGAGGAAUUUGAUUUAUGUAAGUUAAAGCGAUGGAUAAUUUAAUGUGAUGUUCGAUGAUAUAGUCGCUGUCUGUUGUAUAUGUACAUACGUAUACAUAACAUAUAUAUAAAUAUGUUACGAACGUCGCACAAUGUUAAUCUCAUUUACGGUUGAAUAAAAUUUUCAUAUAAAUUCCAUGCUCGACUUUGAAAGCUCGAAGAGAAAGGCGAGAGAAAAAUUCAAUUAUUCACGGCAUUCGUAAUGGUAAUAGACCAUUUAUAUCACCGCUCGGUUCGAAUGUCUCGAAUAAAUUUUUUUUGUUUCUUUCUUUUUCAUUUUUUAUCGUCCCGAUGUCUCUCUAAUCUUUGUACAGAUCCGUGGUCCAGCCAAAUGGGAGAUGGAUGUAAGUAAUGAAUUAUAUCCCGACACUGUUUCGCGACACAAUAGUCUCGAUAUUUUCAUUCGCCCGUGUAAUGUAACCGGGGCUCUUUAUCAAAGUAAAAAUACUAACGGAACGCGAUGAGUUCGUGGCGCAUAAGCAUUUUCAUUCAUAUCUCUCUCUCUCUCGUUUCCAAACCUUCCUUCCCCCUUUCUCUCUCACUCUCUCUCUCUCUCUCUCUUCCCUUCGUCUCCCUUCUUUUCUCCACUUCUCCAGAGAUAGGGAAUAAUUUCGCCGUGACACAGUUCAAGCCUCGGUCUCCGAUAAUAGCUGCAUGCUAAUGGCAUUGUUUGCCACAUUAAAAUUACCGCUCCUCUCAAUCGGCACUAAUUGAUUAUUACGCCGCAUCGAAACUAUUCAAGAAUUAUGAUCCCAUUAAUUGACGUAGAGUGGAUGCUCAAACGAUCCGUUACCGCGGUGGAAAAAAUUUGCGGUUGCGUCGAGGGGAUGAUGUAUCGUUUCCCCCUUUGCAUUACCAAGAUUCCAUCGUCGAAAUUAUGCAAACCGGAUGAUUUAUUUAUCGGGAAAUCGGUUUAGACGAUAGCCGGGGAACGUGAUCGAAACUAAAUUUCGCGAACACGAAUCGCAAGUAUAUCCCCCGAUUAAAGACGGUUUUAAUCGGCACUCGAUUAUAUGUUUACCAUACACACCAUCAAACGCACUUGAUCGAGUGGUUCGAUACCGAGCUGGAAUGCAACGAGAAUUACCUUCCCAGAGGUGAUUUCACCUUCCUCCUCGACUUGCCCGGAAUAUUGCACCGUUGGGGAAUACUAAGCUUCCGGCCGAUAUAUUCAAAGACCGAAUUCCAAAAUUAAAACAUUUAUAUCAUCCUGCUUGCAUUCCGAUGAAAUCUAUUCGAUCCUAUAUACGAAUAAUCGUAUCUCGCCUUAUAAUCGUGUACGAUUAUAAGAAAAAAAGAAAAAAAAAAGGGGGGGAAAUUUGUCUAAAUUUUUACGUUCGCUCGUUUCUUUUUUUAUCCUUUCUCUUUCUUUUCUUUUUCUUUUUUUUUUUUUCUUUCAAGGAACCAUUUCCCGUUGACCCGAUUUUAAGGAGGCGCGAAUCACCCUCGGCCCGCAAUCACCGACCGGCAUUCGAGCGUGAUAAAUUUGAAUCGUUAAUAUCGUGUACCAACAGCUACCAGAUCUGGACGUCAUUAUUCCAGAAAGAUGACUCUAAUCUAUUCGGAAUCGUCUCGUCAACGGGAACAGGAUCGAACGGAUCGUUUCCAAAUCGUGUCUUCGAUAGUGGUGGGAUUAUUUCCUGCAAGAUCGGAUUCCAUCCUCCACCCAUCCGUUGCCACAACGAAACACGUACGUAUUUACACAUGGAUAGAAGAGACGUUAUACGAAUAUGAAAAUCAGGUAUACUCUUUUUUUUUUUUUUCAUUCAUUUUUCAAAGAAACUCGGUCGAUAUAUUAUGAUGAUUAAUUCCAAUGAUUAAUAUCGAUCCAACGUUCUCAGGGUUGGGUGGGAUUUUAGGUGGUGGCAAGCCGUGGUUGUAACCGGAGCGCGUGCAACGUUUCCAAGUUUCAGCUUUGGAACAAGAUCGCGACUAGGAAGCGAAUCACGUUACUACGACGUUAACAGAUAUCGAUGUCCACGUAGCACAAAGGAGCCCGCUCUCCCAAUUCCGGUUGGAGACGCGUGCGAUCGGUUGUAGGCCAGACAGAUCCGGGAGGGGGGCACUUUCCACAGAUGCGAAUCAAUUGUAUUCUCCAGCAUGCUCUGUUUCUCUUGCGCCGCGCUCGUACACAUCGGUAAUUCGAAACUCCCCGGCCGCGUCACUCCGCUCAUUUUACAACCCUCGUCGAUAUGCGAGCAAUCCUUUACGGGGACGGGGAUGAAAUGAUUCCGUGACGAUGAUCGAUCGGAAAACGGAGCCGCCGACUCGAGAACCACCAACCGACUGGAACUCUUCAACGCGGCCCCCGUAAUUUUGAACGGGAAACCGUUGGACGGAAAAUUAAAUGGAAAUUUUGCUAAUGCUUUGCCUCAACUUUCGUGACCGACAUCGGCCACUGUUUCAACUUCGUAACACUGCGCUCGCCAUUCCUCGGGUUGGCCCCGAGUUUCAUUUUUGAUGGAUUUCUCGCUCCUAUCGAUUUGAAUAAGGAAGCGGAAGGGAGAGGGGAAAGGGAAGAGCGAAAACGAGGACGAAGAUUGAUGCGCGAACCAAGCUAACGAAUUAGAAGUUGGCGGCAUCAAAACCUGGAAAGUGUAAGAGACAUCCCACCCGUAAUCUCAGUUGGUAACUGCUUCAAGUUUUAAUGCACUUAGGCGGCAAUUCUGGUAAAGGCUAUUCAAACUUUAUCUUCGCUCGAAUCGUCAUUCACCCCGCAUCCGUUUAUUCAUCCUUGCAAAUAUAUACUCGUCCUGUUCUUUCAACUCGCAACUAGGGAACAGAACGCCUCGAAAAUCGACGAAAGAAACGUUCUCGUUUCGUAAUAUCAAGUACCGGUCAGCCGAAUACAAUUUCCUUUCGCUAACUUUUCGGGAUUAACGGAUUAAUGGAAGGCUAUUCGGAAGGAUCGAGGCGAACCAAUUCUAUGAAGCUUGAUUAAACCGGUUUAGCGAUAUCCGUAUUCUUAAUUGUUUCGCAAUUAGCAAGCAAAAGCUUGUAGAGGCGGUCGACCGACACCACCGAGGUGGAGAUCGAUAAGAAUGCUUAUUGCGGACGAUGCUCGGUUUUGCGGUGUUUUGGAAAAACACUGGAAAAGAACAGAAUCGAAAACUAGGUUUCCACGUCUUAAAUAAAUUAGAAUUUAGAUUUUUUUCCACGUUUCAUGCAAUUUCGACAACGAAUUGUUCCCGUGAUUCAAUUUAGGAUAUCGCUUUUUAAAAUGAUACUUUUGUAAAAGACAUUGCGUUAAUCGCAUCAUUCGAGUUUCUGCAAAUAAAUCUAAACACCAAGAUCUAAACACCAAGAUACAUAAGAAAUCCAAAGAUCGUAUUCGUGUGUUUCGUCGUCUUCCCAUGUUACGUCUCUUCGAUCUCGAAGAAUAAAAUUAUCCAUUUUCUUUUCAAUUAUAUAUUCGCCAAUUAUAUAUUCGAUCUAGAAUCGAGAAGAUUUCGUUCUUGCAACACCAGGAACACCAAGUUUUAAUCAGGCUCGUUAAAAAUCGGGGCGGUCCAACUCGGUAUAUUAUUCGGGAGACGGCCCGUGGAACGUGUUUCUCGUCCAUCUUGGGCGAAUUUCCGGAAGAAAUUUCAAGCCCAUAAUACGGCCACUAAGCCCUACCCGCUCGUCAACGAGGAUAAUUCUACCAAGUACCUGGUCGGUGUCGGGAAAUGACUGUGUUCGCCAGCUCGAUGACCUUAUCGACCAGGCUGGGAUUGACCCACGCCUCGUCAGCCUUUUACCGACGAACCGUGAUAAGCCCUGAUUGUUAUAUACGACGAUCGAGCUAGCUCGUGCCAUCACAAGCCAGAACAAAUUCGUUUUGGAUGCCCUUUGGACCGCGUCAUCCACUUAAGAUGGUCGCCCGACAUCGAUCCACGUCUCAGAAAAAUUUGUUUGUGCUCCUCCUCUGGUGGUUAAGAAGGUGGAUCAAGAUGUACGAUGGUUACUGCAUACGUGUAUACGUGUAUAUGCAUCUUUACGUAUAUAUAUAUAAAAAGCGUGAGAGGCAUACAAAUAGUUCGAUGUUGGUUUCAACCGAAGCGAGCAUUCUUCGAAAUCAACGAUUUUCCAUUAUUAUAAAUCCACGGUGUGCGCGAUUGUUAGAAGAAAAAAUAAAAGGGGAGGGAGAAAAAUACAAAAAAAGAAAGAAAUAAUAAAAAAGAAAAAAAGAAAAUGAAAAAGAGUAAUCGGAAAAUGUGACCACUGUGCGCACAUGUAGAAAAUGUAAAAUAUCGUUACUUGUCGUAACAAUUAAUUUGUCGAACAACGGAAAGGGAAAAUUUUAGCUUAAACGUGUCUAAUUGCAACGACAUGCUUCCAGACACAGAGGUGGCUAACGUAAUCGCGGUAAAACAUGCAUUUGAAAGCCUUUAAAUAUUGAACGUGGUUCCGAUGAAUAUUUCAAGGUACGAAGGGUCGGACGUACACGGUUAAUAGUCCGUGAAUUUUAUCGUAUACCGCCAAAGCUAGCCUGAUUCCGUGAAAAAAGUAAAAAUUCGUGCACAUCGUGCACGAUUCACGCACAAUUUCCUUUGUGAAGCGGCACGAAUCGCGGAUACUUUUUUCCCACCGUGGUAAUGGGAUCGCGAGCAAAAAAAAAAAAAAAAGGAGAAAAAGAAGAAGAAAGUGUUGUAAACUAGACCACGCAUACUUGCGGUUCCCUUUACAUCGAAACAGGGAAAUAUUUUUAUACUCGACCGGGACAAAUACGUUUUUCGUGCUGGAUUAGAUUUCCCCGUCGGACCUCGGGUAAAAUGGUUUUUGACGCGUCUACCUUGUGACAAGUUCACGGUGUUAUGCAUACAACAGCGAGCUUGUCCCCGUUGUCGAAGGAUUAUACGCUGCCUGGCGCGGAUGUAACGACUUUGACGAAACAACAGGAUGAUCCAAUGGAGGAUAGGUGCUCGCGUAUACAUGCAUAUAGAUACAACGCGAUACCACGCGUGGGUUUCUCGGGCUACGCAAAAUGCAUUUUAAAAGAAAUAUUUAUGCGGUUGCCCGCGCGCAUACAUCCGAGGGCGUGAUACACUUUUCAGAGGGAAGGAUAUCCUUUUUUCUCUCAUCGAGGGAGAAACUCGAUGCCACGGUGAGAGCUUCGGUUUAAAAAGAAAGAUGAUACAUCGCAUUAGGAUACGUACACAAUACUCGAUAAUAUUCCAUUUUCGACUUUUUUACGGGGAAUUUUAUAACACGUGACACGUUCCACUGUCGCGAAAAAUUCUGCUGCGAAAUAGAAGGAUGGGGUCGGGACUCUUUGAGGAAUUACCAUUAACAUUCCCGUGUACAGCCGGGAAAUACCUGAAGCGACUUUUUCCAAUCGCGAAUCGGUAUAUAUGCGCCUCCAUUCGUCGCGAAACGUACAUUCUUUAUGGAACGGUGGCAAACCAUCCGGGGGCGGAAUAAAAAUGGAACAACGGGAUCGAUAUCGAGCCUGUUAAUGCUUAUAUCUGGUCUUAUACAAAAAUAAUUUCUAUCGGAACAAAGGGCGGAGCGUGGGCAUUGUGCAUUGUGGGUGGGAAGGGGGAGAGAGGAUAAAUUGAAUUUUGCAAAAAUGUAAGAGAGGGAGAAAAAAAUUCGAUUUCGAGCUAGUUGCACGUCGCGGUAUCGGCAAUCAUUAUCGCCACUUUAUCACCAUACGCACGAUGUCGGAUCGAAAAAAAAUCGAAGAGUAAAGUUUUACUUUUACCGUGGACUUUAUCGCUGAGCAUCUGCUUUAUUCUCACUUUGAAUCGCGCCGGAUACGAGAACUAAUCUCGCUGCGCGAGCAAAUACAUUUUGAAUAAAUCCUGUAUAAAUUAUAAGGCGGCCGAUGAUUCAAGCAUACUUUCUUGAAGCUUUUUUUUUUGAUAAAGACUUUGUCCCAGCGUCGAACGAUUGAAAUUCCAUCCCCCACAAGUCUCGUAGCACAAAAGAUGCACACGAUCUGGCGUUAGAUCGGAUCCAAUCGUAGGAACGAUCGUAGAAACGCGGCCUAUUCUAACGACAUAAUGGCGUACGAUCACGAAGCGGUUGACUCUUUUGUUAAAGGGAGAGAUGACAAACCGCGAUUCGCAUGGGUAAUUCGUUCUGGGGUCGAUCGAUCGCGGGAUUCGAAAUUACAGAAGAGGUGUAUCCCAACAACCAAGUGCAAUCGAGUAACUCCUCCCUCGCUCGAAGAGAGAAAGGAAAGAUCGUUUCGCAAUUUCUGCUUCUGGUUCAAACGAAACGUAGUCACCUCGUUCACGGAGAAGCACCAUCAUCGAUCGCUAUCGCGUGGUUAUCUCGAGCAACGCGAUCGAAGUGUUUCGAAACGAUGUCGUCUGUUUCUCAUCGAUUCUACGCCUUAUCGUGAAUUACGUCGUCGAAAGGAUCCCCCGAUUCACGGGGAAGAUUUCAAAAUGGGAGUCCAUUUGGCAAGGCGGAGAAGGAUGGAAAAUGAGAUAAGUUAGAUCGAUGGAAGAAAGAUAUCGCGGGCCGGACGUGAAAAAAAAAAAGAAAAACUAGUGUGAAAAGGUAAGUUAGUUAAGAAGCAAAGAUGCCUCUUUUCCCGCGGCUUCCUCUCCCGCACGAGUUUCCGAUCCCUUGCUUGAUUGCAUAAGGUUGGAUUUAAGACGGGUUUCGAACUAAGUUUCACCCGUGAGAAGGAAAAAAGGAGUGACGACGCCUUAAGACUGUAAGAAGAGGAAGAAUUUCUCGUUUCGUACGUACGUAUAUCUGUAUAGCGCGAACUUUCGUCCAGAUCGAGGGACCGAGUUUAAAGUUGGGGGGGGAGGGGGAACAGAAAGAGAGAGAGAGUUCGUGAUCGAUUUUCAAACGGAGUUAAACUUCCUUCUCUUCUUACGUGAAUGAUAAUCGAUCGUGAAAAUUUUAUCGAAUCCGCGUAUUUUUUUUUUUUUUCCUUUUCCUCUUUCUUUUCCUCAUUCCAUUUUCCUUGUUGACACGAGGCUGUCAUCCAAGGCCAAGCGUUCAAUUCGUUGAAACCGAUCGACAGAAGAAAUCGUCGUCACGUUUGUACGGAUGCACGUUUUCCUCCUAGCGGCCUUCGCCGGCCGGAUUUUUUCCCGCGCGUAUCGCUAUCGUUGCGUUUUCGUCGUUAUCGAGGAAUAUACCCGGGGAAUCCCAAACUAUGCUUUUCCAGAUAUAACUUGUUGAUACUACGGAUAUAACGAUUCCAUAAGGAAAGAAUGGCUGGUUUCGUUUGAUAGACCGGUUAUUGCAAUAUAACCAUUCCUUUUUCCCUUUCUCUCUCUCUCUCUCUCUUUUCUUUUUCGUCGAACGAAAUUGCAAAUGAUUUACGAUUGUGUUACGAGAGGGAUUUCGACGAGCCAAUAAUUUAUUCCCCGAAAUAUGACCGAUUUUAUUGUAAUUUACGAACCGUUUAGCCGGACAAAUUCGAACGAACGAAUGAUUGACAAAUUGACGAUGAUGGAGGGAAUCCCGCCGCGAUGAAGUUGCGAGCCUACGAUCAGAUAUCUGAAUGAAAUUCGAAAUCGAGCAAAACGAAUAUAUCCAUGGAUAUAACGAAGUCACGUUUCGAACGACUCUCUCUCUCUCUCUUUCUCUCUCUGUAGUUUCGUUUCGCAAAAGAAUUACGCGUUGCGGGAAUGAUUUAUAUAUCCUAUUUCCUGUAGUUAAAUCAAUUUCUCUACCGUUAGAACGGAAAAGGGGGAGGGGGAAGGAAAAUAUUUCGUCUCGCGCAAACAGGGGAGCGAAUGGAAAUAACCGGUAUACGCGAAACAGCAGAUAAAUGCGUUCUGUCCCAAGUCUGUGUGUCCGAGCGGCGCGUAUUUAAUGAGUUUAAAAUCUGGCGUUGACCCAAAAUCAUCCUCCCCCCUCGUUCGCACCGUGUCAACCGUAUUAAUCGGACGCACGUUUCGGACGAGAUAACAUAGCGGCUCGAGCACAACGGAUGGGAGGAAAAAAAAAAAAGAAAAGGAAACGAAUCGAUACGAGAAUUAUUCGUCGACUUAUUUCCCCUUGGAUAAUUAAGAGGUAAAACUUGCACCGUAUCACGGUGCAAAAGUUAUAUUUCAUACGAAAACGUCGGAACGCUCGUUUCUUCACGCUCCCUUUCCCGCGUUUCUUAUAAAUUUACUCGGACUUUAAACUCCCGCUCGAACUUGUUCCGUAUUCCACCAACGUAACGACACGAGGAGGGGCGAGAGGAGGAGGAGGAGGAGGAGGAGGAGGAGGAGGAGGAAAGAGGUUCCGUCAUGGUCCAUCUAUCAAUCGAACCGGUAAAAGUUUCACGAAGGUGUUCAAAGCGAGUCGAUAUUCCCUUUCUGACCGGCGGGUAUACACCUCCUCCCCCGAUGGUCUUUCCCUCCCUCGAUUCGGUUCCAUUAGAAUCGUGGCAGGCCGAAAUGAAACAUAACCGGUUCGCUCGGUGCACCGCACCGCGUGUCGUUAUCGUCGACGUCCGCCAACUUGCGGACAUAAUUCAACCGCGCGCACAAUCGGCCCGCCGACAGUCGCGUGUAAUCUUGCGUGUACGCGUGGCCCGAUAUCAGCUCGGAAUAGAAUCGUAGCUGGUCAGAGGAUGCACGAGAUGGCACGUAUUCCCUUUUCGAUGGACGAUCAUGACCAUGUGUACAUAUGUAUAUAUAUGUAUAUAUAUUUGUGAUUGUGCGGGCUUCUCUUUCGUUCGUCGGCUUUUGAUUUACAUUAAUUGAUUUCCCAGACCGAUACCUGUGGCCUAGUGGAUGAAUGAUAACCACGACGAGAUUCGAUUCGCGCAUGCAUAUGUAUAAUUCUAGCUCCAAUCGAGGAGGAGCGUGAUCGAAGAGAGAGAGAGAGAGAGAGAGAGAGAGCGAAGGGGAUGAUUUACGAGGAAAAAAUGAAACUAGCCUUUGGUUGACGGGCAAUAUCGAGCCGCUUUUCGGCAUGGAACAAAAGCGGGUUUAUUAACCGUUAAUUCAUGACGUAUGUUAAUUACGGGGGAUAAUGAAUACAUUGUGAAACAUGAAAGUUAAAAGACCACCGAUCCGAUAUUAUAGUCUCUACAGUUAUUA